AUGUGCUCUGAACUAUCUGAAGCCCAGCUGGAGCAUCUGCAUGAACAUCUAGAUAUACUGUUUUCCAACCUCCAAUGUCUUCCUGAUACCAACAAGCCUACUGCAAAAAGUCCUGGCUCCACUUGGACCCUAGCUUCUGGUCAAGACAGUAUCAAGAUAGUGACCAAUCCAUGUUUCUACCAGAUACAAAAAAUUGGAGGCAGAAAAAGGACCGUCAAGAGGCCAGCUGUCAUCAGGAGGCCACAAGAUUUUCAUAUAACCAUUAUGAAUAUGCAGGGAUGGGAUUCAAAGAGGAAAAAACCAGAACAAAGAAAACCUCAAAAAACCACCAAUCAGGCAGAUCAAGGUCCAGUGACAAGUGCCAGCAAUAGAACCAACAAAAAGCACAGUGCAGACCUGGAGUAUAACACCAACAGCAAUAGCAACACCCAUGAUGGCAGUGCCUCUGAAACAAACUCACUGUUUGACCAGAAGGAUGAUAGUACUGCAGAGUCUGAAAUGGAUUCAUUAUUUGAUUAUGAUGGGAGUGGAGAGGAAGCUGAUGAGGAGGGUAAUGACUCAGAUGUUAGCAUAAUGUAUGAUCUUGGAGAUGAGGUAGAAUACAGAAUAUUAUCCUUGCCUUUCAAGAAGGAUGCAGCUUCAGAUGGAAGAUCUUCUGCCAAGAUGGUUAUACUUGUAGAGUCUUGGGCAUCAUCUAUGGACUGGUCAAAUUUAUGGCUGAAGGAUCUUAUUAAACAUUGA